CACCAUGGUUGUUUUGGUCUCUGCUGGUGUAGAACAGUCACCUGUCAGAAGGUAAAGCCACACUUCAACUGCACAGUCCUGUCCGCUGGUUCGAGGAGCCUCUUGAGGAUAAACAUUGUUAUGAUUCAUCCACGUUGAUGAAACAAACUGUGGAGUUGGAGACGGACAUUUAUAGUUACGUUUAACGGGAGCUAACAGCUAGCUAGCCUGUUAGCUCUCCUGUCAGCAGCAUGGACAGCUCUGCGCUGGAGCUCGAUGCUGUGACGUUUGCCAAAACCGCUGUCACCUACGACCAGGGUGGCAAAUACAACGAGGCUGUGUUCUACUACAAGGAGGCAGCCCAGGCCCUGAUAUAUGCCGGCAUGGCAGGGUCCAAACUGGAUGGAAUCCAGGACAAAGUGAAUGAGUACUUGGAUCGAGUCCAAGCCCUCCACAAUGCGGUCCAGCCCCAGAAGAGCGACCCGCUGAAGUCCCGGCAGCAGGUGGACCUGGAGCGCUCCCACUUCCUGGUCACCCAGGCCUUCGAGGAAGACGAGAAGGGAAAUGACGACGAAGCCGUUGAGCUGUACACUCAGGCUGUGGAGCUGUGCAUUAACGCGUCCAACGAGACAUCGGACCAGGCGCUGCAGACCAAGCUGAAGCAGCUGGCACGUCAAGCUUUAGACAGGGCGGAGGGCCUUAAAGAGUCCCAGUCCAGAUCAACUCUAACUCAGGACAGGGCGGGGCUUCCUGGAGCCAAGCCCAGCACCGGUGCCAGUUCUGGGGGACCGGUUCGACAGUUCUUCCCCCUCGGGCCAGACUUCAGCCUCCAGGACCGACCGCAGCCCCAGCCGGUCCGGGCGGUCCAGUCCAGCGAGCCCCAGGGUCAGCGCUACACGACCGACGAGAUCGAGGUUCUCAGGAGUACCUCCACCAUCAACGGCAUAGCCUACGUGCCCUUCAUGAGCGUGGACCUGAGGGAGCGAUUCGCCUUUCCCGUCCCUUUCUCGGACAAAACAGGGAAACUGGCGCUGUCCCCCAAACAGAAAGCCAUCUUCGCCCGCUGGGUCCGUCCAGACGAGAUCUGCAAUAACCCCACCAUGAUCAUGUCUGUGUCCAGCUUCAGCAUCAAACAGACGGUGGUGUCUGACUGUUCCUUUGUGGCGUCUCUCGCCAUCAGUGCGGCCUACGAGAGGCGCUACAACAAGAAGCUCAUCACCAGCGUCAUCUACCCUCAGAACAGACGAGGAGAACCAGAGUAUAACCCCUGUGGGAAAUACAUGGUCAAGCUCCACAUCAACGGAGUUCCCAGGAAGGUGAUCAUAGACGACUACCUGCCGGUGGAUCGUAACGGAGAGCUGCUGUGCUCGUACUCCAGCAACAGGAACGAGCUCUGGGUCUCCCUGACAGAGAAGGCCUACAUGAAGGUGAUGGGAGGCUACGACUUCCCCGGCUCCAACUCGAACAUCGAUCUGCACGCGCUCACCGGCUGGAUCCCUGAACGCAUCGCCAUGCACUCAGACAAUCAGUCCUUCAGCAAGGACGACACUUUCCGCAUGCUCUACCAGAGGUUUCACAGGGGCGACGUCCUCGUCACCACGGCAACAGGGGUGAUGACAGAGGAAGAAGGGGAGAAAUGGGGUUUAGUGCCAACACACGCCUACGCUGUCCUCGACAUCAGGGAUCACAAGGGAAUGCGUUUCCUGCAGCUGAAGAACCCGUGGAGUCAUCUGCGGUGGAAGGGCCGUUACAGCGAGAGAGACGAGAAGAACUGGACACCGGAGCUCCUCAAGUACCUCAACUUUGACCCCAAAACAGCACAGAAGUUUGAUAACGGUGUUUUCUGGAUCUGCUGGGAGGACCUCUGUCAGUACUAUGACGUCAUCUACCUGAGCUGGAACCCCGCCCUGUUCAAAGACUCCUCCUGUAUUCACAGUAGCUGGGAUGGGAAGCAGGGCCCAGUGAAGGACGUCUACAGUCUGGCCAACAAUCCCCAGUACAAGCUGGAGGUCCAGUGUCCGACGGGGGGGGCUGCUGUGUGGGUGCUGCUCACCAGACACAUCACUGACAAGGAUGAUUUUGCACAAAACAGGGAGUUUAUCACUCUUGUUGUUUACAAGACGGAAGGGAAGAAGGUUUACUACCCAGCCGACCCCCCUCCUUACAUCGACGGCAUCCGUAUCAACAGCCCCCACUACCUGACCAAGAUGAGGCUGACCAGUGCAGGAACACACACCUUCACACUGGUGGUGUCCCAGUACGAGAAACAGAACACCAUCAACUACACACUGCGGGUGUACUCCGGAUGCAAAUUCACCUUCUCCAAGAUCCCAAAUCCCUUCACUCAAACCAAAAGGAUCAACGGUCAGUGGAAGGGGCCCAGCGCUGGAGGCUGUGGGAACAACAAAGACUCCUACAAACACAACCCCAUCUACCAGAUCAACCUGGAGCGACCGGGGCCGCUGCUCGUUGAGCUCCGAGGGUCCAGGCAGUACAGCGUUGGCUUUGAGAUGGUGACGGUGUCGACGGUGGGGGAUCCCGGCCCGGCUGCCUCCCAGAAGAAGAACAGUGGAGAUUACAGGUGUGGCUUCUGCUACAUGGAGGCGGACCUCGUCCCAGCAGGCCUCUACAACGUCAUCCCCACCACCUUCCUCCCCAAACAGGAAGGACCCUUCUUCUUGGACUUUGCCAGCACCUCCCCCCUCAAGGUCUCUCAGCUCCAGUGAAGAUGGAGCUGGGAGAGAGGACACUGGGCAGGGACUGGGAGGGAGGUACUGGUAAAAGGUAUCGUUGGAUGUGAUGAGGUUAUCAAGGCCUCAAUAAAACACAAAGACCUCAGAAUGUGUCCGAGCCUUUUCCUCAGCUUCUCUCGCUGAAACCUUUACUGAGGACGGAUUGUGGGCUUGAACUUCAAUGAUGGUUUGAUGAUACCACGCAUGACAAGUGAAGAAACAUCAACAAGGAGCUUCAGUAGGGAAUGAAACCCAUCAAAAGUCAAGGCGCUUUGACGCACAACAUAAAAAACACUUCUAUCAAGAAUGAAAAGAUGAAAGUUAUAGUCACAGAGAGCUUUCUUUUGCCAAAAUAAGAUAAAGUAUUGAGCAUAGACUUCCUCGUUCUCGUGGCUCUCAUGAGAUGACAGUGAUAAUAUGACCACAUCCUGGACUCGACAGGAUGCAGAGAAGUAACAGGGUUAAAAAUGAACACCAGCCGACCGCUGCACACUCCUUUCAGUUUCAGCUUUGCUGAAAUGAGCACCUCAACAGUUCAGAAGCAUCCAGGAAGAGAGCCGAGCUUUGAAGUGUAGUUAACGUAGUGGCUACACAACUUCCUGGACCGUCAUGUGAUGCCAUGGGGCCCAAUAAUGUUUUUUCCCAUAGACUUACAUGAGGAAAGAAUGGCUGUAAAUCAACGGAUACAUUUUUUGAGGCAAAAAAAGCCCUUUUUUUAAAAAUCUUUACAUCACAUUAUCACUUCUCCACGUAAAGCAGAAGGAAGAACUGUUGUAGAAAUCAAUCUGGUCCCAGAUAUAAAUACAACAAAAUAAGAUAAUAAGCAAGAAACCAGGAAGAAAUACAGUUUAGGGUCAUGAUAACUCCUUUUUAUGGAAAGCUGUGGAAACAAACUCGUGCUUCAGAUGCUCACUACUGCAAAACAAGCUGAGAAGAAGAAGUUGGUUGAUACUGGCAGCCGCGAUGCCAAACAAAUGUAGGCCUCAGUCGCCCCUUUCUGUUGGUUUUGCUUUACCUUACGCUGAUCGGAUAGAUUUGAAUAGUCUGGAGACUCGUACAAAACAGUAAAAGCUGUUUAAAAAAAAGUCUGCAAGGAAGAAGGAACAGUAAGUUUCUUUAAAUGACCGUGAAGGUUGUUUUUUUAAAUCUCAGGAGCAGCACCACAGGGAAUCCAGUAGGGCAGCAGUUGAAUGAUGAUGUCUCUUCAUGUGGACAGGUAUCACAAACUGUAUGUGUUAUACCUGUGUGUGUGUGUGUGUGUGUGUGUGUGUGUGUGCAUAUGCAUGACUGUCACUAUCAACCUUCUAAAGGUAAGGAAAUGAAAAUGUAUUGCCAAGUACACAUACUCUGUUUACUUUGUUUUGUUGACAUACUGCACUUUUUUUCAUUUGUCAUUAUGAUUGCUGUCAAACGAAAUAUAUGGAAAAUAAAAUGUCACUUUGUUUCUUCAACGCAAGCAGUUUAAACGGUUUUCAGGAAGCUGCUCACCUUGUUUCCUCCCCUUGUUUCCUCCCCUUGUGUUGAACUAUGGAAAGGUUCACCCAUCAGCAGUAUGUCCUGUACAAAUGUUAUGUGAGAUUUCUUUUAUUUUUUUGGGGGGUCACACUUCUUCAUUUCCUUUCCAGAAUUCAAAUGAAAAGUCUACGACGGACGGCUGACACUUUUGCAUCGCCCUUUAGUUACAGAUGUUUACAUGGAGGGUUGAUGGUAAAGUGAGUCUGAGUGCAGUGAACAGGAGGGUUAGUGUUGGGGCUUCUCUACGUGUCGUCACAUGAAGUUGUUCUGUGUUUACGGAGCGCGAUCCACACCUGGAAGCUGCUCGAGUGAAUCCAAAGCCAAACAUAAUGCAACUUGUUUUGUCUGAACUGUUAAAAAAAAAACCAAAAUUUUGAUUUACGUUGAUAUAGAACAUCAGCAUUAACAGGACGGAGUGCAAAAACGUUUUCACAAUAUAAUCCACAAAACUUUUUUUUUUACGUUUUCAUUAUGUUAACACACUUUGGCUUUGCUUUACGAUCAUUCAAUUUUUUUUAUGUCCCAUGAAAAAGCCGCUGAGUUCACAUUAUUCAUGUGCAAAUGUUGGGCCUGGUUCAUUGAAAUGCUUCUUGGGAGCAUGGAGACACUUUUCACUCAUAACAGUUAACAAUAAUUCAAAACAGAGCCAUCGCUGACUGUAAAUUCACUAUAAAUGCUGUUGUGCUUAAAGGUUGAAAUGUUUAAUUCAGAGUGAAAUAUAGCUUUAAACAACCAUAGCCAAGUAUUUUUGUCAAAUAUCCAUUUGUUGAAUGAUUGUCUAACUCUGUUAUUAUUAUGAAUGCCAUAUCUCUCUGUUAACAUAUUAAGUUAUGUCAUUUUAAUUGGCAACAUGCCGAAUAAUUUAAAUUGUGCAGCAGGACAAUCUUGCAACCUGUUGUGUGAAUGAUGAUGUAAUGUUUGCGGAACUUGCACUAAAUGUUGGGUCGACUAACGUGUUCAAACUUCGAAUACAGAAAAUGGU